AUGCCUCGAAGUCCUCUUACUCAGGGCCGAAGAGGCAAGCAUUUCAAACGAACACUCGCCAGCUUUUCCCUUGAGGACACAGUUUCGGUGGUAACCGGAGGCGCGAGUGGAAUAGGUCUUGCCAUAUCCGAGGCUAUUAUAGCAUCAGGCUCACACCUUGCCAUUGUUGAUAUGAAUGGAGAUGAAGCUCACAGACAAGCCGAAACGCUACUGAAGCAAUUUAAAGCCGAGAACCCCGGAACUGGAGAAGUGCCCAGAGUGACCGCCCAUUAUGCCGACGUGUCCGACCCAAUCUCUGUUAACGAUGCCAUCACCAACAUUAUCACCAAACAUGGCAGGAUUGACAAUUUGGUCACGUCAGCCGGGUUCACAGAAAAUUUCAGCGCCGUCACUUAUCCCCAUGAUCGCAUGCAGAAGCUGUGGGGCGUCGUCGUAGAUGGGACAUAUCUUUUUUCCACGGGCGUUGCGAAGCAUUUAAUCGAUCGCCAAGCAUCGGGAAGCAUAGUCGUCAUUGGAAGCAUGUCUGGAGCUAUCGUCAACGUUCCUCAGCCCCAGGCACCCUACAAUGCAGCGAAGGCAGCCGUUCGUCAUCUUGCUGCAUCUCUCGCCGUGGAGUGGGCCCCUUAUAAUAUCCGUGUGAACUGCAUCAGUCCUGGAUAUAUUCUGACUGCCCUUACCCGCAAAAUCCUGGAGGAAAAUGUUGAGUUUCGAGACAAAUGGAUCUCGCUUAUCCCUGCCGGUAAAGUGGGAACGCCAGAGGACUUGAUGGGGGCGGUAAUUUUCUUGCUCAGUGACUCUGCGGGAUAUAUUACUGGUGCUGAUUUACGCGUUGACGGUGGUUAUACCCUGACUUAA